UCCACCCACCACGACCUCAGCCAGACCUCAGCCGGACCUUCCACACACUCAACCGACCUCCACAUUCAUUUUUCUCACCCCAAAAGCAAUGGAUUCAACUGUAUUUGUGGCUGUAUUGUAUGAUGGUGUUUGGGCUAUCGAGGGUUUCAACUUGGUAUUCAAUUCCCUAACAAGUAAGACGUUGAUGUUUGACAUUGACACUACUUUGGAAAAGUUGCGUGAAGUUUUGUAUGAAGAGUUGGAUGUGGAUCCUUUGGUGUAUGAACUGAAAUUAGAAGUCUGUUACAUGUACAUGAAAGGCACCAAGUUUCCGCCGGAGGUUUUAGUGAAAGAUAGUCAACUACGAGUGUUUUUGAGCAUGAAGGCAAAGAUGAGUGUGGACAACUUGCUGCCACUAUUUGUGACUAAGGUGAAGAAGAAUGUGAAUUUGGAGCCUACUCCCCCAUCUGUAACCCCUCGAAGUGUGGUAGGGACCUUUGUCCCAGAAAAUGAUUAGGGGGUUGGUUUGAAUGAGCAACUACCUAAUAAUAUAGAUGACCAUAGAGCCGAUAUCGCAUUUGAUCAUUUAGAUGAGUUCGAUGGUCCCUAUUACAACGAUGAUCCUGUGGUAGAUUUGGAUGAGGAUGAUGAUGUGGAGCUGGAAGUUGAUGGAGCUGUACAGGUACCUCCCUUGAGGUUGGAACUAACUCCAAGCAACCAAGCAGAGCGACAAAGAAGACCCCCCCGUAGUGAGAAUCACCAAACACCAGGAACUAGUAGCAGUCGGCCAGGUCCUUCCAUUAGUACUCCUGCUUCUGAA